AUGGGAGUUGGGUGCUGGAGAAGCCUCCUGGUGCUGCUGGUUGCCCUGGUCCUGGAGGUCAAGUUGUAUAAAUUCCAAAGGUGGGAGGGCUUCAAGGAGGUACCCAUGAGUAAGCAGAACAUGGACCCCACGCUUGACUUCUUUAUUCAAUCCUACAACAACGCCAGCAACGACACCUACUUAUUCCGCGUCCAGAAGCUUGUUCACAGCAAGACGCAGCUGACAACAGGAGUGGAGUAUAUAGUCACCGUGAAGAUUGGCCGGACGAAAUGCAAGAAGAAUGACACGAUCUAUUAUUCCUGCCCCCUGCAGAGUGAGAAGCUGAAAAAGAAUUUGAUUUGUCAGUCUUGGAUAUAUACCGUGCCCUGGAUAAACUACUAUGAGCUUUGGAACAAUUCUUGCCGGGAAGACUGA